AUGGUCAGUCAAGUUAUAGAUGAAGUUGUUGAGGGACAAUCUAAGUCACAAAAGCUAAGUGAAAUUAUUGAUGAUGUUGAGGAUUGUAUAAAUGAAAUUCUUAUAUACAUUCAAGAGGAGGAACUUGAGUUGCUUGAAGGUAAUUCAAAUGAUUUUAUACCUGAUAAAAUCCAACUGAAUGAAGAAGAUGUAGCCAUGCUACUAGAGUCCAGAUACAACAUUGGUGAAAUUGAAGAAUUACAAUAUGAAGAAGCCCAUCCAGAUGAUGUUGAGGUGUUUGUUGAUGAUGAAGUUAAUGAUGGAGGAGUUGAUGCAGGAAAGGAAGUUGUUGUUGAGGGAGUGGAUGAGGGACAAGAGGAAGAUGAUGGAGUCAGUAACUUGCUUGUGUGUAGGAAAAGGAAACCUUCUGAUAGGAUAUUGAAGCUAAAGUUAAAGAAGAUUGUGUAUGACAAAGAUGGUAGUGGUUCUAGUGCUACCAAACAUGUCAAGUUGGAUUAG